UAGCUAUUAAAAUAAAAUUUUCACUAUCAAAACAACUUUUCUCUCAUUUAUAAAAAAAAAAAAAAAAAAAAAAAAAAAAGAGAAACACUUGAGCUUGCUCUGACAUCUCAGAGAAAACCACGCUUUCAUCUCACUCCGGCAUCAUCCCAGUCGACGAUCCUUUUGUCGCCAUCACCAUGAGCUUCAUUUCCAGGAGCUGACUAGCUGAGCCUGAGUCAGUCUUCAGGUCCUUUAAAGGGUCAUAUUUUCAAGGGUCUACACGAAAAAGCUUCUGAAGGGAACACACUUUGGGUCAAGUCUCCAGUCAUUGUUUUGAAGCUUUGCACUGCUCUUUUACUUCUAUGAAGUUUACGUGUUUGAGCAAAGGUGGUGGUUUCCAUUUCCCAUCCUGUCACAUACUCAAUAUUUGUGGCUUUAGGAUUUUGUUUGAUGUCCCAUUGGACCUCUCAGCUCUUACAAUCUUCUCUCCUGUACCAAAUGAUUUCGAUAAUUUAGAUGAAGAGAAUUGCUGUUGCCUGGAGUCUGACAAACAUAGGACACCAGAAAAAACCGCCCCGAAUGCGAGAAAUCUUGUUUAUGCAGAGCCUUGUUAUAAAACUGUUAAAAAUCUACACUUGUGGAAUGCCUCUUUCAUUGAUGUUGUUCUUAUUUCGAGCCCAAUGGGCAUGCUUGGAUUACCGUAUCUUACUCGAAUGAAAGGUUUUUCUGCUAAGAUAUAUGUAACUGAGGCCACUGCUAAACUUGGGAAACUUAUGAUGGAGGACCUUGUGUCAAGUCAUAUGGAAUACAAACGAUUUUAUGGAGACAAAGAGUCUGUUUGCCCUCAAGGGAUGAAGUUCGAAGAGCUUGAUCAACUUUUACCCACACUGAAGGAGAUUGCUUUAGGCAAAGAUGGAGAGGAUUUGGGUGGUUGGAUGCCCCUAUACAGUGCAGUUGAUGUGAAUGAUUGCUUGCAAAAGGUUCAAACACUUAAAUAUUUGGAAGAAACCUGCUAUAACGGCACAUUGAUCAUAAAGGCAGUAAGCUCAGGGGCAGAAAUUGGAGCUUGUAAUUGGGGAAUAAAUAGUCCAAAAGGGGAUAUUGCAUUUAUUACCAGCUCCAUCUUUCUUUCUGGGCAUGCAAUGGAUUUUGAUUACCAUGCUCUUAAAGGGAAUGAUUUAAUCAUAUAUUCAGAUUUCAAUUUCAUGCAUGCCAUGGAUGACCUAGAUAAUGGAUUCAAUUCUGCCCCAGUAACGGAUUCUAUCAGAUCUUUAGCAUCUGCUGAUAUUUCAGAGGAAAGGGACAAACUAGCUUUUGUAUGCUCUUGUGCGGUUGAUUCUGUUAAAAAUGGUGGUUCUGUUCUUAUUCCCAUUGAUCGACUUGGACUUAUUCUGCAGCUAUUGGAAGAAAUAUCAACUGCACUGGAUUAUUCAAACAUGAAGGUUCCCAUAUACUUCAUUUCUUCUGUAGCAAAAGAAUUACUAGCUUUCACAAAUGUCAUACCUGAGUGGCUGUGCACUGAGAGACAAGAAAAGCUGUUUUCUGGUGAGCCAUCGUUUGCCCAUGCAGAGCUCAUAAAGCAGAAAAAGCUUCACGUGUUUCCAGCCAUUUAUUCACCUGAAUUAUUAAUGAAUUGGCAGGAACCAUGCGUAGUAUUUUGUCCUAAUUGGAGUUUACGACUCGGUCCGGUUGUUCACUUGCUUCAGCGAUGGUGCAUUGAUCGAAAUUCUCUACUUGUUCUUGAGAAUGGAAUUGAUGCUCAGCUGGCUCUUUCACCUUAUAAGCCCAUGGAAAUGAAGGUUCUUCAGUGCUCAUUUUUCUCUGGAAUAAGUUUGAAUAAAGUUCAACCUUUGCUGAAGAUUUUGCAACCGAAAAUUGUUGCGUUCCCCAAGGAUUUAAGGCGGAUUAGUUUUCAAGAAUCGACACCCUUCUCGAUCUUACACUACUCCGAGAAUGAAACACUAGCUAUACCAAAUUUGAAGAGCUCAGAACUUGAAAUUCCAAUGGAGUUGGCUACACAAUUCCAUUUCAAGAAGUUGAAACAAGAACACAUUAAUGUGACAAGGGUAAAGGGAGAGCUCCUUGUUAGUAACGGCAAACAUCAGUUAAUUUCUGAGACCAAACAGUCAGACCAGGAGAAAUGCAGGCCUGUUCUUUGCUGGGGUUCCCCGAGUACAGAUACUCUACUAGCAGCAUUGUCGGAAAGGGGUAUCAGCGGAACAGUGGAAGGCGAUACGGUAGAUUUGGAAGGUGAAAAUGUUUCUGUGGUACACGUCCAUGAACCUAACAGAGCUUGUAUAAAAAUCGGUGUUGCGAUUACUGUUGUUACAACUGCUGACGAAGAUUUAGCUGGUCGGAUUUCAGAUGCUAUAUAUAGUGUUCUUGACAAUGCUUAAGAGGCCAAAUUGAACAAUAUGUACAUGUUCCUGUCAGGGCCAAAAUAAAAAUAUAAAAAAAAUUAUUAAGUUUUUAUUUAAGUAAAAUUAAGUGUAUUAUAAACAACAAAUAUUCAUAGCUUAGUUGGUUGAGGUGGAAGCUAUGGUUCCUGUAUAUAUUAUUAAAUGCUGUUCAAUUA